AUAAAUAAAUAAAAUAAAGAGGCUGGACGGUGCAUUCCUAUAUCAUGUAAAUUCACAUACCCAGGCAAUAUUACUGAAUACGUACGAAGAGUCUGGUUCAAAGGAGAUGCACUUACACCUGUAUUUGAAAAAGAUGCAGAGGUGUGCAGUGUUUGGCAGUUCCUGAGAGGUCCUGAAAGGUCUUGCAGCUUUUUCCUCGAAGACCAACAAGAAGGAGAAAACGAGUAUAGAUUCAAGUUAACAUGGGGAGAUGAUCAAAUGUAUGUUUUUCCUGAGAGGGUACGAGUCUCAGUGUCUGGUACGUAAGAAACUAUGUCAACAAUAUACUACUUUCAUUCUCUUAAAUCACACUACAGAUUAUAAUGAGUAUUACUGUAUUGGUCUUUGCCUGAUGAAAAUAUCACCUUAUGUGUCCAAGUGAGAAUAAAUGUAGCCUACACACUCUGAAUUCUAAUAAUGUUAAAUUGCAGCAUAUUUUGUCACUGAUUCAGAACCUCCAAAUGAUAAUAAUCGUGUUCUUCACAUCACAGCAUAAUCUGAAUUAAAAUGCUUGAAAAAUGAAUGGUCAAAGUGAUCAAACUUUGCCAAAUUCUGUUUAGCUCUAACCCAGAAGAAGCCCACUGUGGAGACACCCCCUCUCACAGAGGGAGAGAAGGCCACACUGACCUGCAAAGUAUAUUCACUCAAACUAAAUGACCUCUGCCCGCAAAGACUAGAAGAAGAUUUUGUUGGAAUAGUCUGGAGAGGGACAGAGAACUUAGGCAUGUAUUUUGGGAUAAUGGAGCCAUCAACAGCAGAAAAUACAUUCAGUGUGAAUAUGUUGUCUUUCACUCCUAAAUCCGAACAUCACAACAUCAACCUCACAUGUGUGGGCAUCUACAAGAAGGCCAACAUUACUGUGGAGAAAACGGUGACUUUAACAGUAAAAUACCGUCCCAAGUUCCUGAAUGGCUCGGUGUGUGUGGUCCAGGCAGAGGUCCUGACCUGUGUGUGUGUCAGUCAGGGGGUUCCCUUACCAGUGAUUGCUUGGCCAAUGUUAGGGGUCUAUAUUAGUUACAGUGUCAUCGUCUCCAGGAGUGCCCAAACCGUGAACAGCACCAUCACCAUGUCUGCCUCAGAAUACAAGAACAGCAGCGUGGAGUGUGUCAGCAGAAAUGUAAUUGGCCAGAUCGAGAUGGAAUUCCCCAUACUACACCAAGCUGAAGGGAGCCUGACACAUAUCCCUGGGUCAGAGAAGAGGGAUGUUGCAGUCUUUCCCUGGAUAAUCGUUGGCUUGUCCCUCAGCCUUAAUGUGGCCCUCCUUGUCUAUCUGACCAGCGCUUGUAAAUGCAAAAAGGGUGGACAGAAGAGAGCUAAAGAAGAAGAUAGUACCUACAUCUCAUUGGACAAGGCAGACGUGUCUCCUGAAUAUGACAUCAUCUCCCCGAAUCCACAUUGAUCCUCUGCUUGUGAUAAACUUCUACAUUAUUUUAGCGUUUGGUUCUGAGGCUUGAUUUUGCUCUUUUAUUUCAAUUUCAAUUAUUUUCUAUGGCUAUACUUUCUGUUGUUGUUGCUUGAGCCCUGAAAACAUUUUGAUGUGAAUGAAUUCAACCUAUUUUCUGAAUAAUGUCUCAGGAUUUAUGCACAAAAAAAUAACUAAAUUGUAAGUUUUUCUGUAAAAGCACAUACGGAAGCUACAAGUUCGUGAUAUCUUUCUCAUGUUCAACUAUGUUAAUCAAAAUGGUAUGCAGAUAAUCAAGGUACCACAGUAUGGAACGCCGUUUGGGUCUUUCCGUGUCAAAAAAGAUACACAUCAAAUAACACUAUUUGACACAUUGAAUAAGCUUUUAAUUUGACAAAUAACACAGUUUAAUUGUAGAAUGUUGUGUUGGACCGCAACUUCUGGGCUAGCAGCUAGCUUUAGCUUGGUCCCUAGCUAGAGGUAGCCACUUGUUGUUCGCCUGUUGACAUUGAACUUCAGUUCAUGACAAGAAAUAGCUAGCCAGCUCCUAAA